AUGCAGCUUGGGGCAGUUCUGCAAGCUGUGCUACUCGCCUUCCUGCUGGCGGGUCCUCCAGGAGCCCCCGAACGCCUGUGGAGCGCCUCGGACAUGGACCCCAGAGGAGGGCAGUUGGUUUGCCGGGGAGGAACACAAAAACCUUGUUAUAAAGUCAUUUACUUCCAUGAUGCUUCUCGAAGACUGAACUUUGAGGAAGCCAAAGAAGCCUGCAGGAGAAAUGGGGGCCAGUUGGUCAGCAUUGAGUCUGAAGAUGAACAGAGACUGAUAGAAAAGUUCAUUGAAAACCUCUUGGCAUCUGAUGGUGAUUUCUGGAUUGGGCUCAGGAGGCGUGAAGAGAAACAAAACAAUGGCACAGCCUGCCAGGAUCUUUAUGCUUGGACUGAUGGCAGCACAUCAAAAUUUAGGAAUUGGUAUGUGGAUGAGCCUUCCUGCGGCAGUGAGGUCUGUGUGGUCAUGUACCAUCAACCGUCGGCACCUGCUGGUAUUGGAGGUCCCUACAUGUUCCAGUGGAAUGACGACCGCUGCAACAUGAAGAACAAUUUCAUUUGCAAAUAUUCUGAUGAGAAGACAACAACUCCUUCUACAAGGCAUAGAGGUUCAGCAACAGAGCCAGCUAUACCCAUAUUUCCAGAAGAAACACAGAAAGAAGAUGCCAAAGAAACAUUUGAAGAAAGUAAAGAAAUGGCCUUGAAUCUUGCCUAUGUUCUAAUCCCCAGCAUUCCCCUUCUCCUCCUCCUUGUGGCCACCACAGUUGUGUGUUGGGUCUGGAUCUGUAGAAGGAGAAAACGGGAGCAGCCAGACCCUGGCACCAAGGAACAACGCACCAUAUGGCCCGCCCCUCACCAGCAGAACAGCCCAGACCUAGAGGUCUACAACGUCAUCAGAAAACAAAGUGAAGCCGACUUAGCUGAGACUCGGCCAGAUCUGAAGAACAUUUCAUUCCGGGUGCAUUCCGGAGAAGCCACUCCGGAUGAUGUGUCGUGUGACUAUGACAACAUGGCCGUGAAUCCAUCAGAAAGUGGAUUCCUGACUCUGGAGAGUAUGGAAAGUGGAUUUGUGACCAAUGACAUUUAUGAAUGCUCCCUGGACAGAAUGGGGAGGAGCAAGGAAUCUGGAUGGGUGGAAAAUGACAUAUAUGGAUAUUAGGGAUGCAUGAGAAAGAAAAAAACUUAAACAAGAAUGAAAAAGAAAUAAGAAGAAAAAUUCUUCUAUUUUCUAUAAGGAAAAGAUUCAAAACGUCUAUGAAGAUGUUCAGAUCCGCAUGUCAUCCUCAUUAGCCCAAGUCUGGGAUGCACCUGUCAUCCCAACCUCUCACCUCAUUCAGUGUUGUGAGGACGCACCUGCCCUGAGAGUGGCACUUCGUUGAGUGUCAUGGAUCAUCAGCUGACCAUUCAUAUCGGAUUUUCAAGGAUCUGUGCCUUAACCGGCAGGGAAAGUGUAGCACUGAGGAGCUUAGAAACUCUAAGAGCCUUGUUCCUUUUUCUGCUCUGCAGCACAUUUCAUCCCAAUGAGACAGAAACUACAGCAUCUUUUCCACAACCACAUAUGGUCACUCCAGGCUGACCUGCACAUCAAUGAGUGUCAU